AUGUUUCUGAGAACACUCACUGUGGUCCUGGCGGUCGGGUUCCUGGUCGACGCCGAGGCCAAACCGGCUCCCAGUCCCAUGGUUCUUCCUUAUGGCGUCCCCGGCCCUGUCCUGCCUGGCAUGCUCGGAGCCCCUGUGGUACAGCCAAUGUCUCCAAUGAUGUACCCUCCAACACCAGCGCUACUUGCUCCCCAUCCACCAAUGCUUCCCAUACAUCCGCCUGUGUUAUCUCAUCCACAAAUGCUACCGAUCUCCUCGUCCACCUGUGCUACCUAUGCACAUGCCUAUGUUAGCUCCUCACCCACCAAUGCUUCCUAUCCCAUCGCCCAUGCUUCCUGCACCAAUGAUCCCAUCCAUGGUUCACGGUCCGUUAUUAGCGCCUCACCCACCGAUGGUGCCGGCAUUUGGUUAGGCGGAAGGCGUGGCACCAUUUCCACUGGCCCCGAGAUUGACUUGAGAAUAAAUUUAAGUUAA